UAAAUUCGGGUACCUUUCAGUAGCACACGUUUGGUUCGACACCUGCACUCAAAGUCUUGCGGAGUCACUUGCGAGUUACGUUCGCUCAGUACCGCUAAAUAUCAAUCCGCAGCAGACUUCGUACAAACCAAACCCUAAAUUCAUCAAUUUUGUUUUCCGAGUUCUUACUGUAGGCACUACAUAAAUGGAAAAAUAAAUAGAAAAAUUCAGCAUCUUUCUGCUCUAAAAUCCCAGUAUAGAAGAAAAAGAAUCCCUAUCCCUAAUUUAUUAUGAAAAUUAGCAAUUAAGCUUUACCGAUCUUGGAAAAAUCCAAUCUUUUUGUCCAAAGGCACCGGCUUUCUUCGUGAGAAGUGGGUCUACUAGGAAGUCCUUGGUUCAGGCAGACGUGUGAGAAACCAUGGGAAGUACUUUUAAUCCACAAAUCCUGGCUGAGAAGCUGUCGAAGCUCAACAACACGCAGCAAAGCAUUGAGACUCUAUCACAUUGGUGCAUUUUUCACAUGAACAAAGCUAAACAAGUUGUAGAAACAUGGGAUCGACAGUUCCGUUCUGCUCCUCGUGAGCAGAGAUUGGCUUUUCUGUAUCUUGCAAAUGACAUUCUUCAGAAUAGCAGGCGAAAGGGUGCAGAGUUUGUUGCAGAGUUUUGGAAAGUUCUUCCAGAUGCUCUUCGUCAUGUAGUUGAACAUGGGGAUGAGUUUGGAAAGAAUGCUGCUUUCCGCUUGAUCAGUAUCUGGGAGGAGCGAAAAGUAUUUGGCUCAAGAGGCCAAAUUCUUAAGGAAGAGUUUGUAAAGAGGCAAUUGGAUAACGGCAAUAGAAAUUGGAAGCAUGCUGCACCUGCACCCAAAAUGCGGUCACCUGUUGGAAACACAUUGGACAAAUUAGUUUCUGCUUAUCAAGCUGUAUACAGCAGCCAAUUGGAUGAGGAUGGCACUUUUAACAGAUGCAAAAGUGCCAUCACCUUCAUUCAGAAAGUGGAUAAAAACACCGAGGGUGAUUAUCGAUUAGAUGGUAUCACAGAUGAACUUAAGGGGCAGCAUACUGUAUUGAGGGACUGCAUUGAACAGCUAUCUGUUGUUGAAUCUUCUCGAGCAAACCUUGUAUCUCUCUUGCGGGAGGUUUUGCAGGAACAGGUGUAUAAGCUGGACCAAGUCCGAGAUCAACUUCAGGCAGCGCAGACGCACUCGGAACAGGCAGACGGUAUUUGCAGGCAGCUAAUUGCUAGCAAUGGUAAUAAUGGACAAGUUCUCUCUCACGAGCAGAGUGCAAAUGGUGUUUCAGAGCAGUCAACGUCAGUAUCUUACACACGGCAUGUACCUGCCGCCCACGUUGAGGAAAACCCUAAAUCUGCAGCAGCUGCAGUGGCAGCAAAGCUCGCUGCAUCCACAUCUUCAGCUGAGAUGCUGACUUUGGUCCUAUCUUCACUUGCAUCAGAAGGAGUGAUUGGCAAUGCUAUUAUUAAAGAGUCUUCAUCGAGCGAAUAUCCCUCUGAAAAGAGAGCGAAGAUUGAGAACGAACAACACACUUCUUACUUCCCUCAAAACCCUCAGCCACCAGAGACGAACUCCGACGAAGCUCCUCCACCACCGCCAUCAUCACCGCCUCCUCCACAGCCGCCGCCGCCAAUGCAGCAGCAGCAGCAGCCAUAUCAGGUGCCACAGUAUAUGCAAACUGCAAUGCCGAUAAUAGGGGGUGGACCGUAUGGAUAUACUAAUAAUGUGAGCCAACAACAGACGGCAGCGCAACCUGGUUAUGCUCCAGUUGGUGGUGGGGUUACUGCAUUUGAUCCUUCGUCAAACACUUAUCAAAGUUAUCCGGCGGAAGGUGGUUUGUAUGGUCAACCCUCUUCUUUGCCUAUGGCCCCUAUGAGCCGUCAGUUAGAGAACUAGUGUUUUCAGAAUAGAGUUUGCAAGGUUUUUUUGGUUGAUGAUAAAAUAUUUAGAUUUGAUUUGCAGAUACUUGUAGGUAGAUGUCUGUAACUUAGGGGUUUGUUUGUUUGGCAAUUUAAAAUGAAUUAUAUAUGUGGAGUUGAAAUGAAACAAUAUGUAUGUAGGGUGGCUUGUUUGGAUACAGAAGAAUCU